AUGGCGGAAAUCGCGAAAGAUUGGGAUAAUCUCCCCAAAGAGCACAAGCUCUCGCAGUUCGCGGCAGCUCUGCCGGAGAUCUUGGAGAAGACGGGGUAUGCGGAGAUGUAUGGUGUAGAAUUGGUUGCGCCAAAGGAUGAGUGAGUGAUACUCGAGCACUUUUCGAGACACGAUUCAAUGUCUGACAAUGGCACAGAGCGCCAGCACCGCACACAACGCUUCUCAUCCUCCAGAAAUUCCUCCGAGCCAACGUCGACGAUCUCGAGAAAGCGAAGACCCAACUGACCGAAGCACUGCAAUGGCGGAAAGAAUACCAACCUCUGAAAGUGAAAGACGAGAGCUUUGACGGCGACAAGUUUGGAGGUCUCGGAUACGUGACGAAGGUCAAGGGAGUCAAGGGCUCGCCGAAUGAAGAAGAUGUUGUGACCUGGAAUAUCUACGGAGCUGCGACCAAGGACGUGAAGAAGACAUUCGGAGACGUCGAUGCGUAGGUGUUCAAGCCUUGCUGGUGCGGGAGAGGAGAGCUGACGACAGCCUCAAGUUUCGUGAGAUGGCGAGUUGGCUUACAAGAGAUUGCCAUCUCUCAUCUAAACCUCAACGAGGCGACCAAGACCAUCCCCGACUACGGCAAAGGUCCUGAUCCGUACAGAACGAUCAACGUACACGACUACCUCUCCGUAUCCUUCCUACGGAGGCCUGCGGAGAUCAAGAACUCGUCUUCAAAGAUUGUGCAGACAUUCCAACAGUGAGCUCAGCAAGAUUCGAGGCACGGACGCUUUCGCUGAUCACAUUCAGAUACUACCCCGAGACUGUGUCUUCAAAGUUCUUCGUCAACGUACCCAUCGUCAUGCAAUGGAUGAUGGGCGCCAUGAAGGCCCUGAUGUCUAGCGACAGCAUUCAGAGCAUGACCUGGAUGACUUACGGCUCGGAGCUGCACAACUACCUAAGCAGCGACAUCCCAAAAGACUAUGGUGGCACUGCGGCGCCACUGAAAGACGCUGGUCUGGAACCGAAAUAUGCUGCGGUCGAGCAGAAGACUCAGAACCCCACCGUCGCACCAACUGAGGCCGUGGCCUCUGGAACGGCUCCUCCGGCCACUGGAUAG